UUGAGUCUGAGAACUUCAUCUUGACCAACACUUGUUAGAUCCGUGGGAAAAUACUUUGAACUACGAGAAUAUUGCUGAAAAUCCUCAUAUACGAUUAUUUGACUGUCUCAAUCAUUGUUGCCUGGAUAUCAGUACUAGCCUAAAUACCAAAACCUUUUGGAAUCUUUCUUCCCCGGGAGUUGAACAUCGUCCAGGUGGUUUGGGAACCCCCUCCUUCCCAGGGGGUGUGUGUGAGAACUCGUCCCGAGAUGCGUUCGCUUCUGCCGGUUGCUGUGUAUUGCAUCAGCCUACUCUCCCUCCAGCAGCUCCUGGCUCUCCCGGUCGCAGACCGUCUGGAGAGAAACAGGUUGGAGCUGCUUAAGAAGCUUCAUGCGCUGAGAGAGGAGGAGAUCUUCACUCCAAAAACUGGCACCAAACUCGCCAGCCCAACAGACUCCAGCCCUUCAUCAGACCUCCAGCCCUCCAUCAAAUGGCUACCUGGCUACCUCCUCAGAGACACACCACCCACUGUCAUGAACACAGCCCAUCUUGAAGCUCUGGUAUGGGCGAGGGGUGAGGAUGGCAUGGAGCCCCAACGGACGGGGUCAAGAGGUCGUCGCCAUGCCCACUCAGGGUUGCGUGGGGGUUCCCACCGCCCACAGCUGAUGAGAGUGGGGUGCGCCCUGGGAACCUGCCAGGUUCAGAACCUCAGCCACCGGCUCUAUCAGCUGAUUGGCCAGAGUGGACGGGAAGACUCCUCCCCCAUUAACCCCCGGAGUCCGCAUAGUUACGGAUGAGCGACGGACGGAUACUUUUCCCUCUCUUCUCUGAAAACAUAAACACCCCAGCAAACCUAUAUCUAUAGACAUGUAUCUCUAUUUUACGUAUCACAGAUAGCCUUUGCAUUAGUGUUAGAUGUAGUCCACACAUUUUUUUGAUCCUGAAAUGUCAAUUUCUGUACUUUUUGAAUGACAUUUGCCUUACUCCUCUGUACACCUCAAAAACACAUCAUGCUGUUUAAGAAGAAGGAAUCUGACAUGAAUGAAAGCCUCUUAGUCGACGCUUCCCACCACCAACCACCCCUGGGAAUGAAUACCUGUCACCCAGAGAUCCUCUGGACAUUUCUUUGUGUUUUCCUCGUCAAAGUCUUUGUGUUUCUCCCGGCCUCCUGACUAGCCAAAGAGCUGCAAGGGGCUCAGUUUGACGUUCUAAUCCUGUUAAUGUAAGAAUAAAUGCCCCCGUCCACCAGUCUUUCUCCUUAACACAAGUCAGCGCAACUGGACGUGUCUGUAUAAUGCCCGAUGACCUCCACAGCAGCAGUUAGCUCUGGCCCCAUUGAUCAAACACUUAAGCCUCUAAUGUGGAUUUCUACCAGGGCUAGGAUCGGAUCCCUGUCAGAGCGAAUAUAUUCCUGAAGACCCGUCAAAACGACCGGAUGAACCCUUUUACCCCAGAGCCCCCUAACACCCUAAACCCUGCCCCCUUAGAUCUGCCAGGACAAUUUGAGGGACCAUGUUUGACAUAUCUGGGGUAAGCCUCUGAUUUACAGACCACCAGCAACCAUUUGUGGGCAGACACAGACACUGACCUUACAGACAAGAACCUACUGUAAGUUCUCUCUCAUCUGCAGCCAAUGGUGUUCCCGACAGAAGCAGUCUGUGGUUCUGUGAAGGAGAUGUUUCAGCAGACCACAGCCUUGACAGCCGCAUUCAGCCAUAAUAGUCAAGUUCUGUUCAGCAGUGGCUGGAUGGAGUUCUGCUUCUGGACUCGUCUAGUAGAGACUGUUUAUAGAAAGAGAAAGAUGAGGGUCAACAUUUCAAUGACUCAGUUCCUGUACAAGAUGGAGGUUUUCAAUGUUUUUAUUAUUAAUCAUUGUGGAUCUAUUUCAGCGUUGAGAUCUAUUGGUUGGCUCGUGAACACAGUGAACACUCCUGCUGCCCUUAUCCCAAGUGUGAAAUAUUAUCCCCUCCACGUGAUUCUUAAGUUCUCCCUCUAAGUCUCAACUUUAAGUUUACGGCAAUUUAAUCAAUCAGACCUAAUCUCUUUAGUUGUACCGCCAUGGUGGUGAGGCGGCAAACACACCAACUCUACCAGACUUAGGCCAUCGUCUGCUGUAUUUAUAAACAAAAGAAUCCUUGACCGUGCCUUGCCCAGGGGACCAUAUAAUUACUAGCUAAACCAUCACAACUUGCCAACCCAAACCCAAAAUCUGCCACUAACAGUACUGCCUAGGAAUAUUUAGAGGCUACCUUGUCGUUAUUAAUAAUAAUCAGGUCAGUUAUGAAUACUUAGAUCCUAAAAAUGCUAGUAGUUUAGUGUGUAUAAAACAACACUUUACGCUGUAUGCUUGUAGUUUGUCAAAUGAGUCUAAAUUAGCACAGAGUCAACAGCAAAGUGCUGUACUGUUACGUUGUGGCUUUGUAAUGACAGACCACGGAGACCAAGUUAGGGAGACAGAGUGCCACAUUUUAAAUCUGUAUACGAAAUACCAUAAAAAAUAUAUAUGUCCUGAGAUCCCCUUUUUCCCUUGUUGUAACUGAUUCUGAAAUGGUGGGCGGAUGCCCUCACUAAAAAUAACUAAAAACAACCUCAACUCAGCAAGCAUACAAAAAACUAGACCAACCUUCAAAAGGUGCAGAGUCUGUCGAUCUGAAAAAUCAAGCCACAACAUUUCCAUGACAUAAUACCCAUAAUAAUCAUGCGGCCUGGCUCUUUGAAAAACAUACAAUUUUUUCAUAUUCUCAAUAUCAGAGGAUUAGAAUAGUUGAAAUAAUCCUCAACAUUCAGACUAUUCGUUUUCUAAUAUCUUUGAUCUAAACUCGCUGAUGUUGUUAUUAUUGCAGUUAGAAACCAGGUCAGCAAUUAUUCAUACGUUCAUGUAUUUAUGCUCACAAUGACUAUGUAACUAUUAGGUUACUGUGUCAUACUUAUACAAUCACAGGAGUACCCAAAAUUAGCUUAGAGUCUUUUAGGGUCCAAGUUUUUACUGUUUUGUUUUGACCACAGCGUUGCCUCAAUCAAAUAAUUAUACAACUAAUUAAGUUAUAAUUCUACAACUAAUUAAGUUAGUUGGGCAAGUGGUUUAAAUUCACCAAAUAUCUGACAAUACUUGACAGUCAUUUUCUUUUUUUGCGAUCUACAUCAUACUUUAAUGUGCUGUUAUAUUCCUCUAUCCAUAUUCCCCUUUCAUUUUGUCUUGCUUCUUUUUGUAUUUUUGGACUGAAUCAUCUUAAUCGAAAGUGGGACUUUAGUUUAUUUUAGAUUUCGCUCAUUUAAUCGUAGAGUGAUUCUCUGUCUCACUCUCUCUAUCUCUCCAUCUCUCCCUCUACCACUCUCUCUCUCUCUCCUUCUAUCUCAGUAAUUAUGGCGACGCCAGGUCGCAGGUCAUAAUCAGAGAUUCAUUGGUUCUUUAAGUCUAAUCUGUUCAAAGGCUUUGUGAAACACACAUGCCAUUCUCUGCUGUAAUGGAGCUAAUCAGUGUCUCGUGACAGAUCAUUAAAAGGCUUUUCAAACGCUAAGAACCCUGGUGAAUCUCUCAACUUUUUACCCACCACUGUCACAGGUGUGUGUUUGUGUCUGACCUGCCACAUAUAGUAUCAGGAACCAACCUUGUGUUUGUUGGACUUUUGUUGUAGCCAUUUUGUUUUUGCUAUACUUUAUCUUUGUGUUGUGAAUCUUAUGUGAUGGUAAUUACACGUCAGCGUUGUGUCACUGGCGGGUCCGUAACCUUUCCUAGCAGCAUAGCUGAGGGUUUUGUCUGGGUAAACUGCGUAGCACCAGAUUAUUUCCGACCUUUGAACACUAAUACCUCCCCUUGUGUGCUGCGAGAAACACUCUCCAUCAGUCUUACAUCAAAACUAACACUGCCAUCGCCUGCCAUUGUUAACUUAACCUACGUUGUAAAGAGAUGCAGGAGUGUGUUGUGUGCUCUGAGUGGAAGUGCUCAAAUCUGUAUGUGAGUGUGUAUGUGUAGGUAUGUGUAGGUACUUAUAGUAUAAUCCUAGCCAGGGAUCUAACACAUCACAAUCCCAGUCUGUUUUUCCUCAUUCAAUAUUUAAUUAUACUUAAGGUCAGAAGCCUCUUUUAGGGUCACAGCAAACUGAGCAAAGCACUUUAAGGUUGUUAGUCCCUCACAACUUGAAUUUCAAAUGUUGCAAUUAUAUUUUUUAUGACAGAGGAGAGUUUUAUUGUAUAUAUUGCAUUUGAUAAAGAUCUGUAUGAAUGUCUUUGAAGAGUUGUCAGUGGAGUGAAGAUGAUCGAAAAUAUAAUGCGCACUUGUGCAUAUUAUAUAUUAUUAGUGGUACUAUUUAAGAAAAGUAAUGUAUUUAAGUUAUCUUUGUAUGUUUAUAUAAGUAUGUCACCAAAGACACUAUUUAUCUCGUAUUUUCCACGCUCCUAAAAGGUGACCUUAUGUUAGGAAAGAAAAGUAAAUCCUAACUGUAGUUAAAUGUUCAUGUCAGACAAUGUCUUUCAUUCUCUGUAAAUAAAGAACUACACUGUAGUGAGAUAAA